CAGCACUGAAUACCAAAACAAAAAAGACAGCGGCAUACAAAUUUUACAAAUUUAUUGGAAAAAAUAAUUGAAAUAUGUUAAUUAGACAUCUAAAACCUAAAUAAAACAAUGAUAGCCACCGCUCCUUCCGCCGCCAAGGCUAAGGCAGCCAAGCCCGUUCCCGCUGACGCCAAGAACGUGAAGAAGGCACCGGAGACCGCUGAGGAUGUGAAGGCCACAGCUUCUGCUGCCAAGGCAGAUCCUGCUAAAGAGGCCGCCAAGAAGCCACCCGUAGCUACUCCCCCAGCUAAGAAGGCCGCCCCUGCUGCUGCUGCCGCUCCGGCUGCUGCCAAGUCUGCUGCUCCCAAGCCCAAGGAAAAGUCAGCACCGGCUCGCGGCAAGGUGACGAAGAAGAAUUUGCUCCGCGGCAAGGGCCAUAAGAAGAAAAAGAUCUCCUUGCGCUUCACCAUCGACUGCAGCAACAUCGCUGAGGACAGCAUCCUGGAUGUGGCCGAGUUUGAGAAAUACGUUAAAGCUCGCCUAAAGGUCAACGGCAAGGUUAAGAAUCUAGACAACAAUGUCACCUUUGAGCGCUCCAAGUUGAAGUUGCACGUCAGCUCCGAUGUGCACCUCUCCAAGGCCUACCUCAAGUACCUGACCAAGCGGUACUUGAAGAAGAACAGCCUGCGCGACUGGAUCCGCGUUGUGGCCAAUGAGAAGGACUCGUACGAGCUGCGCUACUUCAGAAUAGGCUCAAACAAUGACGAGGGCGAUGAUGCGGAGUAAAGAUCAAAUAAAAAAGAGCAAACACAAGAGAAAGUUUAACAAUGUUAUUUUAUGGCUGAUUCGUUUUUAUUAGAUGUCACGUUAAGGUCGAGUUUUUAUAAGCCAACAAAGACAAAUUGAAAUCAAUUUUUUCGG